CUGCCCUCUUCCUUUCCUUGAAUCCUCGAAAUGCUCUCUUUCCCUCUUGCCGUCGCCGUAAAAACUGAAUCCACGACUCAUACAUGGCUCUGAGACUGGCGGCGCCUCGCGGCUUGAGGAGGCUGUUCUCAACCUCCCCGUUCUUUCCUCCGCCGACUGCGGCAGCGGCUCAGCCCCGAGUGGAGCCUGAGCCCAACACCAACCUAUUUGUAUCAGGGCUGAGUAAACGUACUACUACAGAGAAACUACAGGAAGCCUUUUCUCAGUUUGGUGAAGUCGUUCAUGCUAGGGUGGUGUCUGAUCGGAUUUCAGGAUAUUCAAAGGGUUUUGGCUUUGUCAGAUAUACUACAUUAGAAGAUGCUGCAAAAGGUAUUGAGGGUAUGAAUGGAAAGUAUCUAGAUGGUUGGGUUAUAUUUGCUGAGUACGCAAAGCACCGGCCACCACCUUCCUCGCCUCCAAACAACGGGUUUCCUUCAUACAGUCAUCAAUGAAUUUUUUCUUCCAAUGCUGCUACUUCCGCCUCGCCAACAGCUGAUCGGCCUUUGAGGGUGUAGUAUCUCUGGCAAUAGCCCCGAGUCAUUUUAUCCAAAAAUUGGGGAUCAGCCUUGUAUGAGAGAAGGAACAGAAUCACUGAAAUGAAGGCAAACACUUUGGAAAUCAAAAGAGUCUGUUUAUCUACUAAUAUUUCUCAUUUGCUCGAGUCUUAUGAUCUUUUCUUGCAUAUGAGCUCAAGAAUCACUGGAAGGUUUUCCCAUUACAUGUAUCCGAAAGUGUUUCAUUGGCUGUACAUAUGUCCCCAUUUCAAAGGUCAGUUCUUUCAC